GCUUUUCAGUAUUCGCAUUUACACUUGCACUUUGAAAAUAAAGCGAAGUAGCAAUUUUUUGUUGCCAUGUUCCCUUAUUUUCUUAUUCUAAAUUAUACACUUUGUAAUCAAAGCUAUUAAUUUUCUAUUGCCAAGUGUAGCAUUCUGUACAUUGACUCAUUAUUUCAUCUCUUUUAGUUUCUGUUCAUUGCUUUCAAACAACUAUUCAUUUGUUGUGUAGCUAACCAUGUCUGAAUCACUAGGAGGAAAGAGGUUUCUUAUUGGUUACGCUCUUUCACCUCAAAAGAUCAACACCUUUAUGAAAGAUUCUCUGGUCAUUCAUGCCCGAGAUCGAGGCGUUGAUCUCAUCCCUAUCGAUCUCGAAAAGCCAUUGAUUGAACAAGGUCCCUUUGACUGCGUCAUUCACAAGCUAUAUGAUCCAGAGUGGAGGAAACAGCUCGAAGAAUUCUCCAUCCAGAGCCCGACUACACUCAUAAUUGACCCUGUAAAUGCCGUCGAGAAGCUCCAGAAUCGAGUCUCUAUGCUCCAAUUCGUCAACGAAUUGAAAAUCGAGAAUCUCGAAACUCCUUUGCAGGUUUUCAUAUCGGAAGAUGCAUCGGAAUCUCUGCAGGACACUAUGACUCGUGAGGGUUUGAAGUUUCCCCUAAUUGCCAAGCCAUUGAUAGCAGAUGGCGCUGCAAAUUCACACCAAAUGUCUUUAAUCCUAAACCAAAACGGUUUAACAAAAUUGAACCCGCCAAUUGUGCUACAAGAAUUCGUGAACCACGGUGGAGUCAUUUUCAAAGUUUAUGUAGCAGGAGAUCACGUGAAGUGCGUGAAAAGAAAGUCAUUGGCUGAUAUCUCUGAAGAAAAACUGAACACUAGCACCUCAGAGACUUAUCAGGUAUCUAACUUUUCUGCUCAAAACAAGAGCGAUCACGAGAAUUUUGCAGAGCUCAUCGAGGCGGCAGAAAUGCCGCCUUUGAGCUUUGUAAACAAAGUGGCUAAUCGGAUGAGGGAUGCUCUGAAGCUGCAUCUAUUUAACUUUGAUAUGUUAAGGGACAGUAGAAUUCGAACUCGAUAUCUUGUAAUCGAUGUCAAUUACUUCCCUGGUUAUGCUAAAAUGCCCGAAUUCGAGACUGUGCUGACUGAUUUCUUCAUUGAUAUUGCACACCAAAAGCGAAGCAGAGAGAGUGGUAACUCGAACCAGAUGGAGAAUAAGAACAAGGAGGCGAAUUCGAACAGAAACAAUUUAUAACUAGGCUGAUUAUGAUUUGUUUUUGAACAAAUCGGAGUGACAAAUGACUGAAUCGAUUUUAAUCAUUAGACUUUUACUAUUUUAAUUUUCAUGCAUGUAAUGGUGUAGGUUGAUUAUGGACUGGUACUGGGCUCGUAGUUGGUAAAGAUGAGUGACAUUUUCGUUUGGCAUAAAUAUGAUCUUCAACUUAAUUUUUGCGGAUAGCUAUGCUUUUCAACUUUGGACAUGCACAAGUAGACACUUUAAACUUGUAUAAAAUUAAAUAAGUUACAUGA